CAACUAUUUGUUCAUUAUUGGAAUAGAAUUUACUGAACGAAUAAACAAAAGACAAUGGUCAUUGCCACAUGGUAUGUGUCAUUCCUAUAUUUGAUUGCAAUUUUAUCUGUUAUCCUUCAUGGAACAGAAAAAGUGCGAAGUAUCAACGUGACAGGUAUACCAGCUGGUGCUAGGUAUCCAAAAUUGCAAGAAUUUCUGGUGCUGGACAGUGAAAUUGUAAAUAUGGUGAAUGAACUUCGACAAUACGAUAUCAAUCAACUUGACGAUGACCAAAUAAUUCUGGAUUAUCAGGAACAUACGACAACUCGUGAUUCCAGUGAUAAAGCCAAGAGAAGGCUAUUCAAAUGGGUAGAUCCCAAUGCAUUAAACAAGAAUACAUUCAGGAAAUGGAUUGCUCUGAGUAAUGAAUAUCAACCAGAAAAGAAAAAGGCCAUUGAUGAUUAUCUUGAUGCGAUCCUUAACACUACAAUAUGGAAAAGCCUUCAUCAGUUUCUACUGAAAAAAGAUUAUCCAUAUUCAAGCGACUUGCGAACAUUCCGUGCUUGGAUUAAACAAUUAUGGUUUGGGGAAUAUUCACGGAAACAAGGUCUCAUUGAUUCAUCCGGAUUCGAGCAUGUCUUCAUGGGAGAGCACAAAAAUGGGGAAGUGAUUGGAAUGCAUUCAUGGCUGCGAUUUUAUUUACUAGAGCGGAAUGCUUCACAACAAUUUGAUUAUCAUGGAUACACCCUUAGACGAUUUGUUAGUUGCGUCACUUAUUUGGAUAAUAUGGGUAAAGGCGGUGCUGAUAAUGAAGAACAGCUUGUUACUUGA